CUUUUCCAGCAGCGCCUGCGAUCAUGGCGGACGUGGUUGCGGAGCAGGUAGCAGACCAGAAACCAGUCCAGGACCGGGAGCUGAACGGGGAGGCGGAGGACAGGGAAGAGGCCGACCCGGUUGAGGAGACAGCGAAAAAGAAGAAGAAAAAGAAGAAGAAGAAUAAGUCGUCAACCACAGGCCCUGAGGCAGAGGUGGAUGGAGUGGCUGAGGUGAGCAAACAGCUGGAAAAACAAGCUAUAGAAGACAAAGAGAAAGAGGAGGAUGGCGAAGAAGAUGGUGAUGAUGGAGAAAACUCAGCAGGGAAAAAGAAGAAGAAGAAAAAGAAGAAGAAAGGACCCAAAGCUCAAACUGAUCCCCCAUCUGUGCCCAUCUGUGAUUUAUACCCGAAUGGAGUGUUCCCCAUUGGUCAGGAGUGUGAAUACCCUGCCUCACAGGAUGGUCGCAGCGCAGUGUGGCGUACGACCAGUGACGAGAAGAGAGUACUGGAUAAAGCCAAUGAGGAGGUAUGGAAUGACUUCAGACAGGCAGCUGAAGCCCAUAGACAGGUCCGCCAGCACGUCCGCAGCUUCCUAAAACCUGGCAUGACCAUGAUCGAAAUCUGUGAACGGUUGGAGGACUGUUCUCGUAAGCUGAUAAAGGAAAACAAGCUGAACGCUGGCCUGGCCUUCCCCACUGGCUGCUCCCUGAACCAUUGUGCUGCCCACUACACUCCCAAUGCCGGAGACACCACUGUCCUGCAAUACGACGACGUCUGCAAGAUUGACUUCGGCACACACAUCAAUGGGCGGAUCAUCGACUGUGCCUUCACUGUCACAUUUAACCCAAAGUAUGACAAGCUGCUGGAGGCUGUGAGAGACGCCACCAAUACUGGGAUCAAAAACGCUGGAAUUGAUGUGCGCCUGUGUGAUGUUGGAGAGGCAAUCCAAGAAGUGAUGGAAUCAUAUGAAGUUGAACUUGAUGGCAAAACAUACCAAGUGAAACCAAUCCGAAACCUGAAUGGUCACUCAAUUGGCCAAUACAGAAUACACGCUGGUAAGACUGUACCUAUCGUCAAAGGAGGAGAAGCAACAAGAAUGGAGGAGGGAGAGGUCUAUGCCAUUGAGACAUUUGGCAGCACAGGGAAGGGUGUGGUCCACGAUGACAUGGAGUGCUCUCACUAUAUGAAAAACUUUGAUGUUGGCCAUGUUCCUAUCAGGCUGCCCAGAGCAAAGCAUCUGCUGAAUGUAAUCAACGAGAACUUUGGCACACUGGCAUUCUGUCGCCGCUGGCUCGACCGCCUGGGUGAGAGCAAGUACCUGAUGGCCCUGAAGAACCUGUGUGACCUGGGCAUUGUGGACCCCUACCCCCCUCUUUGUGACACCAAGGGCUGCUACACCGCUCAGUUUGAGCACACCAUCCUGCUCAGGCCCACCUGUAAGGAGGUGGUGAGCCGAGGAGAUGACUACUGACACCCCACCCUCCAACACCGCCACCACACCCCCCUCACCGCCCAUUGCACCUCCCAGCACCCAUUAGCCAACUCCUCCUUCAGAGACUCAACCUGAAACAGAAGAAACCUUGAACAGGAAGUGGCUGUCUUAGAACAGCAGUGAAGGAUGCCAAAUGCUACUGUAUAUUACCCAUAAUGCACCACUCACAGCUUGCAAAGGAGGAGGACUGGCUUUCUGAGUUUUCUAUAAAUUAGUCUAAAGGUGGCAACCACAGUUAAAGAAAUUAUAGAUGAGCCAACAUGACUGUCAGGAUUUUUUUCGCAGACACUGUCCUUCAAAAGCCUUGCAGCCAUUAUUUUACAAAAGAUGAGAUGGUUAUACAAAUAUUUAAGGUUGUGCUGCAUUAAUGCAACCUUGUUUUGAAAUGGUGAGGGUGGGAAGCCCCUUUUUACCUCCCUUUUUCAAAGUUUCUCUGGCACCACUCUGAGCCUACAGUGUCUAAUGCUUGAGUUAAAUUGAGCAUGAAUGCUACUGACAGGCAUAAAAGGUGGUUAGGUCAAUGCAUGGCCAGAAAUCUCUGCAAACAGACAAUUCUAACGUUAAGCUCGGGGUGUUGUAGUAAUAACGCCAUCUUCAUACAGACACCGUGCAUCUACAGCUGUAUGUUUGGCUUCUGUCGCUACAGGAGGGAACUCUGCACUCUGGCCCUCCAGUCAUUGUUUCUUUGAUAUUUGUAAAAUAUCUUUGAAAUGGCUGCUGCCAAUGUAUGUUCCCAAUUAAAUGCUUCAUUUUGAACUCCCUAAAAUGUUUUUGUAAGAAAACAAUUAAAAUAAUUUUGCUCAUUGA